UCGAGAUCCACGCGACCGACUCAUUCUGUCGCUAGACUUACUACGAGGUAGUCGCAUCAACUCUGUACAAGGCCUGAUCACAAAACUUACGUACUAUUUUUGUGUACCACCAAAAAAAAAAAAAAAUUACAUGGACUUUUUUUAUCGUGCUAAAAAUUCGGGUGUAUUUUCACAGUGCCAAUUAUUGUUCUUGUGCGUGAUAUAAAAAAUAAAUAAAAUGGUGACCACAACAGUACAGCCAAAUAUUUCGGGCAGUACCAACAGCGUUCCUGCUAGCGUUUUGCAGCCUAAUCCUUCGGUUACAGUCACCCCUAUGCUGGUCAAAAAUGAGAACGCUAAUGGACAUUUAACUGUAACCAUGGAAGGAACUAGUAGUCCAGUUAGUGGUGCUGUCAACAGGAGUACCACCCGAGUCAGUGAAAAUAGAAGGAGCAACAAACCCAUCAUGGAGAAAAGACGAAGAGCAAGAAUCAACAACUGCCUAAACGAAUUGAAAACUUUGAUACUGGAUGCAAUGAAAAAAGAUCCGGCGCGCCAUUCAAAGCUUGAAAAAGCCGAUAUCCUCGAAAUGACAGUAAAACAUCUCCAAAACCUGCAAAGACAACAACAAACCGUUUCAAAUAUCACGGAUCCAUCAGCCAUUGGUAAAUUUCGGGCAGGUUUCACGGAAUGCGCAACCGAAGUUGGUCGAUUCCCAGGCUUGGAGCCUAUUGUUAAAAGAAAACUAUUGCAGCAUUUGGCCAGCUGUUUAAGCCAAAGUUGCAAGCCCCAAGAAGUGCCUCAAGUGCAAGUACAUAUAUUGCCUAACCCACAGAGAUCGCCUGAGCAACAAGUACCUCAGUCUGGUAUAAUUUUGAGCAAUGGUACUGGCGCAGGUGUACAGUUAGUACCCACACGUUUGCCGAAUGGAGAUAUCGCCUUGGUAUUGCCAGCUUCAGCUCAAAAUCACCAAUCAAUACCGUCACCAGUACCGCUGCUAGUACCUAUAGUACCCGAACGCAGUGCCAGUACAAUUUCUGCUGGAUCCAGCUCUGGUUACAGUCCUAGUCAUAGUCCAGAGCCAAUGGAUACCAUGUACUGUUCCACACAGCAAAAACCUUUAUCUCUAGUUGUGAGGAAAUCAGAGCACUGUGAAGACAACUCUGAAGAAAGACCUUGGAGGCCUUGGUAAAAAAGGUACAUAUAAUAUAUUUGUUUGAAUUUUAAAUGUGAUAGUUUUCUUGAAUAAAAUUAUGUAUAGAUAUAAUAGAUGUAGAGUUAAAUAAAAAUGUAGGUAUUUGAAAAUUCACAAUUUUUUAACUUUGUAUACAAAAAAAAAAUGUGUUUUUCAUUCACUGUUUUGGUUUCACUAAAUGGAAUUAUUAAACCAAGCUUUAACAUCCAAGGGGUAUAUAAAAUUUUCAGUAAGGUUUUUUUACAUUUACUUUUAGUUUUUUAAAAAUCUACAAAGUAGUUCAAAAUUAGUGGAGAGUGAUUUUUUAGUUAUUCAAAAGUCUCUGAACAAAUUCUUUGUAAAUAUUUCGAAAAUAAUGUUGCUGGAUACACUGGGUAUUAAUUUUACGUUACGUGAUGACACAAAACUUCUGGUAAAUGCUAAAAUUGGAUUCUGUAGGGCAACAUUCAGAAGUAAUUUUUCCGAUUUUACUUGGCAACCAUAACAUAAUAAAAACAAUACCUAUUAGAGUUCAAUGUGGAGCUUUUCAGUUACUGGAUUGAGUUCCUUCAAUAAUCGUCUGACACAAUCUUGAGGCAGGACUUAAAUACCUAUAAAUUAUGUUCUUGCUUUUAUUUUGAUUCUGCUUAUCACUUUGCAAUCAUUUUCUACUGCAACUACUACAAUGUGUACAAAUUUUUUGGAAAGAAAUACGUUUAUUUUGCUUGAAACUGUUUUGUGAUAAUACCAGUAAAUUUGAUAUAGGUAGGUACCUACUACAAUGCUCCAAUUUUCUUUCUACUAACAUAAAUUACUGAUUAUUUAUAUCUUACACUUACACUACCUAUGCACACUACCAAUAAUGAGAUUUUUAAAUGAAUUCAUACAUGAUUUCAAUCAACUUUUUAUUUUUCAGCAACUCUCUUCUGGAUUGAAAUAAUUUUAAACGAUGAUUAAUUUAUCUACUAAUUUCUUUUGGAUGCAGAGUUGUUCAAUAUUUGGGGCUCGUUCUUUUAUAUUUUUUAAUAAUUUCAAAAACUUGUUUUACAUUUGAAAAAUGAAAGAGAGUAGCCGAAAAUAUUAUUAUUUAAGUUUCAAUGACAAAUAUUAACGACAAAACAAUAUAAUUUCGCAGUGGCAUUGAAAUAAUUAUCGAUCAAACAUUGCAAUUGAAAUAAAUGUUUUUAUAAAAUGAAAAAAGUAUUUAUGAAUACCUACUUAUGUUAAGUGCCUUAGAACAACAAAAUUUACAAAAGUCUUCCAAAUAUAAUUAUUGUUAAAUUUUGUUGUAAAAUUAUUAUACAUUAUAUAAUAUACUUAAUAUACAAAAUUUAUAUGCAAUGACCCUAACCUACUUAACCUAGAGUAUUUUUUAUUUGUAUGAUAAAAAAAAAGAGUUCUAAGUUCUAUUUAGAAUAAUAAAGAGUGAUAUGUUUGAGUUUA